AUGCGUCACACUAGCACCAUUGCUCUGGCCGUUGCCCAGCUUGUCCUCGCCGCCAACGCCGUCGAGUUGGAAAUGGACCAUGUCCCCGCGGCCUGCAAGACCAUCUGCCAGCCGCUCGGCACGCUCUCAGACAAGUGCGACGUCGACCUGCGCAGCGACCGCGACCGCGACGAGCACCACCUCCAGAACCAGUGCAUCUGCACCAACAAGAGCUUCGCCGUCGGCAAGAUUGCCGGGCUCUGCGCCGACUGCAUGCACCAGAACCGGAACCCCAGGCGUGACAACGACGACCACACAGACCGGGACGAUCUGCACCAAAUUGACCGUCUCUUGUAUGUGUGCGGCUUCACCAGCACUACGUACAACGCAGCCGCCACCAGCGCGGUCGCCGGCAUCACCGUCGAUGCCACCCGUCCCACCGACGUGAGCCAGCUGACCACCACGAUUGAUGGCGGCUGGCCUGCCAAGGGAAACAGCGGCGGUGGUGGCAGCAGUGUCGCGGCCACUUCGUCGGGCCAGUCUGCGCAGCCGACUUCGGGCGCCAGCCACGGCACCGCCCCCGGCACCCCCGUGUCGACUGUGACGGCGGCGCAGACGUCCGGCAGCCGGUCCUCAGGCGCCUCGAGCUCCAGUACCGCUGCCCCGACUGUCGUUAAUGCUGCGAAGGGCGUGACAGCCCAGGCAGCCUACGCGGUUGGUGGCCUGGUUGCCGCGGCUUACCUCUUGGUUUAA